UGAAGAACUGAAACAUUUGAGUCUUCUGGGUAUUUCUUUAGCAAUGGAAUGCUGUGGCCUGGUUAAUAAACAACCCAAUCUCUGGUUUGUCUGCUAGAAGAGGACGGAGCAGAUUGCAGAGCUUUAGUUGCUGUUGCAUCUGUUGGAGGUGAAACUUUUCCAGUGUCUUCAUUUAUUCAUGAGCUUGCUCCUGCUCGCUGAUAAGUGCUUCAUAAAGCCUUCACCGGUGGGCAGAGAACGGGGACAAGGCGCAUCUGUGGAGCAAACAAGCAGCGUCUAACUACAGCCAUCAUGAAGAAGCAGCUGUGGUCACUCGCCUGCAUGUUUCUUCCUUUUGCAGGAUUUCUGUUGACAUGCAUCGGAGCUUACCUGCUGUCUAUGCAAAAUGUGAAUGACUUCCUUUGGAGAUCUAUCAUUAUUUAUAUUAUGAUCGCCAUUGGCUUGCUGUCCAUGAUUUUUGGGGUCUUCCUGAGCCUCUGCCACAGCAUGAAGAGCAAAUUAUACCAAAGAAGGCAUGUGGAGCAAAUGCAUGUCUUUACUGUACACAGGCCAAGCACCUUUCCUCCAUUAUACGAAGAGUGUCAGGGAAGCCAGGACUUCUCUGUCUGUACGCCUCAGGUGGUUGUCCCAACCGAUGGAAUGUACAUGUCGAUGAGUCUGGCUCCUCCAUUGUACAGCCAGAAUAAUUCAGAGAUUACAGACCCCUCUUGGUGCUGGGAACAGCCUCCUCCAUACAGUCAGGCUGUAGAAAUGCAGCAAGGACAGGGACACCAGGGAGAGCAGGAGGAGGCCGCAUCUGCACACUGACACAACCCAUUCUGUUUUCCAGUUGAAGGAAUAGAGACUUUUAGAUUAAAAAAAAAAAAA